UGUAGGUCCUUUAUCUGUCUCUGCUUGCUGCUUCCCUUUCUAAUUGGCGUCCUCUGCCCUUUAGUCAAUACUUCACUAAGAUUUUCCAAGGAAAAAUGCUCUGAGAUUGGACCUUUUUAUUUUGCAAGAAGAGCAGCUAUUACAGAUGAUGCAUCCAUCGGUGCUAUUUCAGCCUGAGGUUCCGCCAUGCCAUAUGGACCUCCAGAUAAUGCACCUAACGGAGGCUCAUACUCUGAGAUGGACACCUGCUAAAGGCAUCAGCUAGAGGUAGAAACCCAGUUUACUGAUAGGCAUGGGAGACUGCUUUGUAAUAUGAUGAUUUUUUGAGAUAGCAGCUAUUCAUGAUUUGUAAGAUACUUUUCUUUUCCUUGAUUACAAUUUGUAAUUUUCAUAUGCUGAGCAAAAUAAGACAAUAUUUAUGUUCAUUUUACUGUUAUAUGCUGAAGCAGAGUGCAUCCAUCCGCUGACAUGUUUAUUGAACCUCACAGUCUCUUGAAGAACAAUGAUCUUGUUUCAUCCGGCUGGCAUGUACAACAAGUUCAACAGACAGACAAUAAUUUUUGUUGCUUCUUCAGUGAUUUAUAAGCUAUGUGUCUCUGACUCUUCCUUUUUCUUUCAGUAUACGAGUCUAACGCGUAUGUUUGGUGCAUAUUCGGACAUGGGUAUGGGAUUUGACCUUCAAAAGAAUCUUACGAACACAUGGAAAACUUAGAAAAAGAACAGAACAUAUACAUGUCCGACAUAUUCGUCUUUAGAGAUUUAAGGUUUGGCCAUAGGUUUGCAACUGAGAUAUAGGAAUGGACGAAUCUAUUCUUAAAGUGCCUUUUUUUUUGUGUAGCUGGGACUACCAUUGUCAUGUCACAAUUGCUAUAUUCAUAAUUUAUUCAAACAAAUAUAGUGCUAACUUGUUUUAUUGACUUUCUCUGAACUUAGGGCUGCCUACCUUUAUCCUUUUUUUCUCAUUAUAAAUUUUGCUUGGGAUCAGCUCUUAGUUUCAAGCAAAGUGCUGUUAUAUUUCUUGUACUUGGUUAGUUUUCCUAUAUCUACCAGGUGUUAUAUUUUGGGAAGAUCUUUCCAUGGAGUACUCUAGCUUUCCAUCUGCAUUUUCUACUUUGUUCGGCGAACUCCCAAAAGAAACGUGGUGUUGUUCAGAUCUUUACAACUGGGAAGGCUUCUGGUAUGCCAGUUCUCAUCUUCCUGCUGCCAUGGCUGCCAGGUUGAACUUCCAAGCAAAAGACACUGAUGUAUUUUUGACUUCUUCUAUGAAGACAGGCACCACAUGGCUCAAGGCUAUCAUCCCAACAAUAAUGAAUCCCAUCGGUUGCAUGAAUGAUGAUAACAAUGAUCCUUUGCUCAAACGUCAUCCUAAUGAGCUAAUGCCAUCUCUGGAAUUUCAGCUUUUCAAGGAAAAUCCCAACCCUGAUCUCUCAUAUAUGCCUUCUCCAAGACUAUUCCGAACCCAUGUCCCUUACCCUAUGUUACCCGAAUCUGUUAAAAACUCAACUUGCAAGAUCGUGUAUAUCACUCGACACCCUAAGGACACGUUUGUGUCAUUGUGGCACUUUUUGAACUCUUUGGUUACUACCCAUGGAAAUGAUCCAUGGCCAAUGAAUGAAGCUUUUGACAGCUUUUGCAGAGGGGUUCAUGCCUUUGGACCAUUCCAUGACCAUGUUUUAAGUUAUUGGAAAGAAAGUAUAAAGAGGCCUGAGAAGAUACUUUUCUUGAGAUAUGAAGACAUGAAGAAGGACCCAAAGGUGGAAUCGAGGAGGAUGGCUUGUUUCCUUGGAAGGCCUUUUGAGAAGGAAGAAGAGGUAGAAAGUGUUGUGGAAUGCAGCCUGGAAAGGCUUAAAAACCUGGAAGUGAAUAAACAUGGAGCUGAUCCUUGGUUAGGCUUUGAGUACAAGUUUUAUUUCAGGCGUGGCAGUGUUGGGGAUUGGAAGAACAACAUGAGUAAUGAGAUGAAAGAAAAGUUGGACCACAUUACUGCUAUGAAAUUUGAGGGUUCUGGUCUGGGUUUUGGAAAUUGAUUAAGUUCACUAGUUUUGGAAUUGGUGGUUCUGUUUUCAGUUUCUGAAUAUGAUAUACUCUUAGAUACCAUUUGCUUUAUGUUUACGUUUACGAGGAAUGCUUACCAUGUAGUGGUGAUAAUUCCUGUUUUUAAUUUAGAGAACAUCAUUCCAUUCAA